ACAAUGUCCAGCCAGGAAUACUAUCAACAGGGCGGCUACCCUCAGCAGCAGCAGGGCGUCUACCCUCCGCAAGGCUACCCUCAGCAGGGCUACCCUCAGCAACCCCAAGCUAGCUACGGUCCUCCCCAGGGACAGUACGGCCCCCCUCAGGGCCAAUAUGGGGCUCCUCCUCCAGGCCAGUACGGUCCUCCUCAGGGCCAGCCGCCCAUGCAGUACGAACAGGCGCCUCCCCAGGAGCAGCGCGGCCGCGGCGGCGACCAGGGCUGCUUGAUGGCCUGCAUUGCCGCCCUGUGCUGUUGCUGCGCCGUCGAAGAGGGUUGCGAGUGCUGUAUCGAUCUCUGCGAAUGCUUCUUCUAA